AUGUCCAAGGUUGACAUCGACCCCGCCUUCAACGACUCUGACGAACUCUUCGACUCUUCCUUCUCCUUUAUGAACACCACAGACAGCACCAUGGAAUACUACCUCGCCAGCCCAGAAGGCGCCAAGUCUCCCGAGGCGAGUACCAGCCAACAGCCGCAACAGCAACAGCAACAGCAACAUGGGGAGAGCGCAGAGGCCUCAAAUCAGUUCUCUCUAUCGCCGCUCACCAUGAACGAGCCUAUACACGCCGUCGACCUCUCUGCGGCAGCGUACCCCUAUCCCCCGUACGCCCUCACGUACGACCAACAAAACUCCUCCAUGGGCCACUCGUCCUCCCUCUACCACCCCUACCGCGGCCCCGGCGGCGAUUUCACCGGCCGCUCUCCCCGGUCACCUCACUCGCCAAAUUCCAUCGACGGCUCCCCCCAUGGCAGCUUGAACUCGAAUCGACUGUCGUUUGGGGCGCCCACGGCCGUGUCGCCCAGUUUGGUCUCGCCCCAGUCCUUGGUGGGGAGUGUCCCGAAUGACUCGCCCACGGGAGCGUACCCUCCUCCGGGGUACCAGUACCAGUUCUAUGCGGGCACGCCUCUCUCAGGCAUGUCCGACCUGUCCAACGUUUCCCCUACCGGACCUGGGCUGAGCAUGGUCUCUGGUUUCCCCUAUCCAACGAGCUCGUUCAUGGGUGGCUCGCCAAGCAAGAGUGGUGCCGUGAGGACGUUGAGAAAUAGGGAUAGGGGUAGCAAGAGUAGGCGUGUCAAGGAAGAGGACUUGUUGAGUGAUGACGAGGACGAGGAAGGUCCGAGAGGGCUUGGGUUGUCCAAUAGCGACGACGACCGCGUGCCAGUGUCCAACAAGCGCGAGGAUGUUCGUAAGGCAAGAAUCGAGAGCGAACAGAGGCGCCGUGAUGAGCUCAGGGAAGGCUUCAAGAGACUGAAAGAAGCUCUUCCCCAGACAAAUCAAAGAGCCUCUAAAUCCAGCCUCCUUGAUCGAUCUGUGGCACACAUCCAGGCUAUCGAGAGUGCGAACCGCUUCCUCCUCACCCAGCUCGAGGACCAGAACAAGGAGUGCAUCAAGCUUCGGGAGAUCCUCCAUAACGAGGUCUUGACCCGCCCUUCGUCCAACAGUCCGCAAGAGCAGCAAACACAGAGACUCCACUGA